AUGAUUUCGCGACGCGAUAAGCUUUUGAACUUGCCUUGGGCUCAACAACGUUACGAGCAUCAUCGUGCCAAUCUCCGUUCAGCCAAACCGGCCAUCGAUAUGCGUGCGCCCCCCAUUUAUUCGCACGUCAUACUCAAGCCGAAGAAGGUGCAAAACGAGAGGGAGCGCCUGCAACGCAUUGAGGUGGAGAAUGUGCGACUUUUGCAGAAAUUGGGUGAUAUUAUGAAGACGAAGCGAAUGUCGGAUUUGUGGUUGGCACCGCGACCCAAUUUCUUGAAUCGCGAAAAACUAUUUGAAACACGCCCAUAUUCGAGUUUACCGAAACUGAUUACCAUCUAUGGACCAACAUCUCCAGAACUUGCGACGAAACCGCCAAGUGCUUUGAAGUCACCGACUUCGAAACUAGCGCAUCGAUGCCCAACUUGUAGCGGUAGACCCGAGCGUACGCAAGUGGUCAUUCCCGAAAAACGUAUCCCCUGGGAGCCGCCACGUGUCUCACGAAAUGUGCAAACUGAAAAGAAUUGUACAACGAAACGUUGCUUGCAUUGUGGACACCCUAAGAAAGCGGUUGAGAUGAGGGUGGAUGCAAAGGAGGAAAAUUAAUGAAAUGGCUAGAAAAGAUUGAGAAUAGAAAGAAAUAGUAUAUUAAAAGAACGAGCUAGCGGUUUGGAAAGAAUAAUGAGAAUA